GCAAUCUCAGCUCAGGAACUGGGAUUCCAGAGGUUGAUGGUCAGAAAUCGUUUAUCAAUAUCCACAAUUCUUGACAUUAUUUGAGAAUCAAGAUGAGUAGCAGUGGCAGUAAGGCCGGUGGCAAGGCCAAGAGUAAGUCACCGGCUAAUGCACGACGGUCAACAGCAGGUAGCAGGCCAAGACCAGGUGGCAAGUCUAACAGCAGACCUGGCAGUAGACCAAACAGCAGACCUGGUGGAAGACCCAACAGUCGUCCUGGUGGCCGGCCUGGGGCAAACCGAAAUGGAAGCAGGCCAGGAACCCCUAAAGGUGGAGGCGGUGGAAGAUCAACACCUAAUAGCAGACAAGGUGGUGCAAGUAGCAAGAUGAAUCCAGCCACACUACGCAGAGACGAGCAUCUACCAGAAAUGGAGAAUCACUUCAUUCUAAGAAUGCCACAGCAUGCAAGCGGUGAAUUGAGGAAGUUGGUGAACAUAGGUAGCCAAGCUGUUAAAGACAAACUAGCAAUAGAGAUCAUGUCUGAUAUGCGCCACGGAACUGUCAAAUUUAAUGAUGAAGUAUUCUCUGCAAAACUGAUGGACCUGCCCUGCAUUCUAGAAUCUCACAAGACGAUUGAUAAGAAGACAUUUUGGAAGACUGCUGAUAUUGACCAGAUGCUUGUGUGCAGCACAGAGGAGCAGACUCUGGAGACGGAUCAGAAAGAAAAGGAAGCGGAGGAGAAGGGAUUGAAAAAGACAGACAGAGUUGAUAAGAAGUUUAUACAAAAUCAUGGAGUUACUCCGCCACUGAAGAAUGUUAGGAAAAGGCGAUUCAGAAAGACGGCAAAGAAGAAGUAUAUUGAAGCCCCUGAUGUCGAGGAAGAGGUCAAGAGGUUACUGAGAAUGGACAGCACUGCAAUCAAGAUUCGGUGGGAAGUUUUAGCAGAAGAGGAUGUUAAAGAUGAGAGUCGUUUGGACCCUACCAUACCUGGUGUAUCUCAUGGCUCUGCCGAGGGCGACGACCUCACCCGCAUCUUUGGCGAUGUGAGCAGCUCUGAAGAAGAAGAUGAAGACAUCAAUAUCUUAGACAUGGACGAGGAUACCAGAGACUCUGUAAUGAUGGGUGAGGAGCUACUGGGAGGAGAGGAGGAAGAAGAGGAUGGGAUGGAUCAAGAAGAUGAAGAUUCCAAGAUGGGAAUGGAGGAGACAGAGCAACCAAACGAGUUCAUGAAUCGCCUUGAAGAACUACGGAAGGAAUUGGCAGACUUGGAGGAAAGAAAGCAAGCCCAUGAGGAGUCCAUCCGCACAGUCGAUAACAUGUUACUCAAGGAUCGGUUCCAAGCUCUGCUGGAUGGUCUUCUUGAGGACAUUCAAAUCAGACAGAAAGAGGUGGAGACAUUGGAGGCACUUAUUGGUGAUGGCUGAAGAAAAGAUGAAACUAAAGUCCGGGUUGUCACAACUUAAAUGUACAUGUAUUUUA